CCUAGUCAGUGGGCUCCCCACUGACCAUGGCAAUACAUUUGAUUCUGAUUCUGAUUCUGAUUCUGUUUGAGCUAAAUGAGCUAAUUUGAACCUGAGUGACGUCAUUGUUAAACGCGAGAAACCGCUGAACAACAGUAAGUGGACGAGAGUGACGGAACGAAGGUGUCAAGGGAGCUAAAAGGGUUGACAUGUGCAGCCGGUCAUAAUCUCACCUGUAUUAACAUUCGCUCUGUUUAAAGGGGCAGUAGCAACAGUUAGCUUAGCAUGAACACCCGCGCGCACACGCGCGCGCAUCCCUUUAAUUGUCAAAAGUCGGCUCACUGGAAUGCGGCGUGAGCGGCGCUGUGCUCGUCCGAACCUCCUCGAUCUUACCUUGCGCCAACCACUCCUCCACAUCUACUCUUCCAAAUUGAUAUAUGACAAUAUCUACUUUCGAUCACGUGUCUGCGGGACGACUUAGGCGGUUGCGCGUCAUCUCGUCUUCCCAAAUUCCCCCUUCUACUGCAGCUCCGGUCCAAAACGGCGAGCUAUAGGCGUAGAGCAGGGAAGGAUGUUUAACUCGGUCAAUCUGAGCAACUUCUGCUCCCAGUCGCGCAAAGACCGGACCACCGAGUUUGGGGACAGAAGCGGCUGCGCGUCCAACCUCUACCUCCCCAGCUGCACCUACUACGUGCCAGAGUUCUCCGCCGUCUCGUCCUUCCUGCCGCAGGCCCCGUCCCGACAGAUCAGCUACCCAUACUCCACGAAUCUCUCGCAGGUUCCGCCGGUGAGGGAAGUCUCCUACGGCUUGGACCCGACCAGCAAAUGGCACCACAGAGGCAAUUACGCGUCGUGCUACUCGGGAGAGGAGCUGGUGCACCCGGACUGCCUGCCGCCGUCCACCGUGACGCAAAUGCUGAUGAAGAACGAGAGCGUCUACAGCCACCACCAGCACCAGCACCAGCACCCGUCCCCAGGAUUCUACUCCAGCAAGAACAACGUCCUCCCGCAAGGCUUCGACCGCUUCUUCGAGAGCGCGUACUGCAGCAGCACGGACGCUCUGACGGACACUUGUUCACAGAAGGGCGACGGGGCCAAACUGGAGACUCCACCGCCCCAGUCGGAGCCGGAGAAGGAGCCGGAUGACGAGGAGGAACACACCAACCCGGGAUCCUGCGCGUCCUCGUCCGUCACCACCAAGGAGGGCAGCAAGAACAGCCAGUCCAGCUCUACUCCGCGCACCAGAAAGAAGCGCUGUCCGUACUCCAAGUUCCAGAUCCGGGAGCUGGAGCGGGAGUUCUUCUUCAACGUCUACAUCAACAAGGAGAAGCGACUGCAGCUGUCCCGGAUGCUGAACCUCACCGACCGCCAAGUGAAGAUCUGGUUCCAGAACCGCAGGAUGAAGGAGAAGAAGCUGAGCAGAGACCGGCUGCAGUAUUUCUCCGGGAAUCCGCUGCUGUGAGUCGGAUCCAGAACCAGAACCAGAGCGAUGAUCCGAUGGGACUCUGAGCCGCUCUCGACUGCAAAGGUCAUUUUUAUCUUCGGCUUCUGUUUCUGCACAAACUCUUCUGGUCCUUGUAUAUAGCGAUCCGAAACGUUUCUCGACCAGAGUGACGUAUCGGUCUGUAAAUACGCCGCUCCAGUGUUCAGCUUUAAUCACAUCUCCUUAAAUUAUUUGCUCUCACCUGUUUUUUUUUUUUUUUUUUUUUAAAUUCCCGAGAGGAGAGUCGUCUGUGUACCGUUAUAUAGU